AUGGAGAUUCUCAUGCGCAACAUCGCGCCCUCGGCAAAUCCCCCGCAACUGAAGAUCAGUUUAGCUAACAUUCUACAUAGCCCUGAUUAUCCCCGCUACAGAGGGAGAGUAGCCAACUUCGAGGGGUCCACGGCUCGGUAUCUUCACCAGAUUGGACAACACUUCCUGCGAGAGUACGGGGGACAGACUCCGUCCAAGUCGCUCGUCAUCGGAAUUCGAAUCCAUUUUACGCAAAGUAACCGGCCCAUGCGAGAGGACACCCUCGAAGUCAUUCGGCGCCUUCCUUUCGUUGAUCCAAGAGAACAGGUGGAACGAGAGGAGAGAGAUAAUCAGCUCGAGCAAUUGACAGUUUCCGUCUCUACCAUCCAAUUCGGGUGGGUUUGCCGAGACGACAUUUUCUCUGUUGAAUAUGAGAAACACUGCUCAAGAGGCAGCGUCGAAUUUCGGCAAGACCGCAGGGAGUGGAGAAUCAAAGUCUAUGAGGCCGACAUCGUCCGUAUCGUUGCCAUCCGUGCAGCGCAAGUUUAUUGGAUGGCUGCCAGUGUCGAUCAUCUCGAUGGCCCUAUCAUAUUCUUCUACCUCAACUACCCGCCAUCCUUCGAAACCGAAUCUAUGCACCAUGACCUGUCCACCUUGUUCGCAGGACUCAUGUUACAUGGCAAUAACGCUGAACCUACUCGUCAACGAUGGUCUGCGUUUGACGACGAGCAUGCAUGCAUAGCCCCUUCAACAUCUCUUGCCAUUCGCGUCGUGUGCCAAAGUACCAACGACUUGGAGAAUAUGAGACGAUGUUGUCGAAUUGCCAACUCCAGGGUUGAUGAAUCAUCGUACCCAAUCGCCUAUCGCAGCCUUUUCUCUCCUGAGCGGCGUUUGGAGUACCAGGCUUGGGUAUCAGGGUUAGAUUGGAACGUUGCGUUCCAGGUCGAAGCUCUCGCGCGAAGCCAAUUUAUUGAUUUGCGCCAGACAAUGGGACUGCGUCCUGAAAUCGAGCAAAUGGUGGCAGAACACGGUCCCAAGGUCACUAGCGCAUUCCUUCGCAACUUCCUAGGACAAGCGAAGUCAAUCUUCUGGUACGGAACCGAAUUCACUCCUCCCACGACCGACGACAAUUUCGACUGCCUCCGCGUGAUUGUCACACCAACAUGUUUACACCUUGAAGGUCCUGACCCCGAACGCUCUAAUCGAGUCUUUCGCCGUUACCCCGGUCAAGAGCAGAACUUCCUGCGAGUCACCUUUGUGGACGAGACUCGGCUGAUGUAUCGGUUCGAUCGUGAAGUGGACGGUCGAGGAUUCAUCAACCGACGAGUCAGGCAUAUGCUGGUGCAAGGCCUCACCAUUGCGGGUCGUCAUUUCGAAUUCCUCGCCUAUUCUCAGUCCGCCUUGAAAGAACACGCCGUGUGGUUCGUCACUCCAUUCCGCGAUCCCGACGGUCGUGAAGUCCGUGCAUCCACCAUAAUCGCUAGCCUAGGAUCUUUUCGCCCCGCGUUCGAGCCUCAGCUCAUAUACUGCCCGGCUCGGUAUGCAGCUCGAAUUUCGCAGGCGUUCACCGCCACGGACUCGUCAAUUUCGGUCGAGCUUGAAGAAGUCUUCUACGACCUCGACAUCAAGGACAAUACUGGCCAGUAUUGUUUCACAGACGGGGUCGGUCGGAUAUCGUCAGCUCUCGCACGUGCAAUAUCGAGCGAACUUCGAGCGAAGAAACGUCGGGCACGUCGCGCCCGGACGUACACCCGUCUCUUCCAGAUCCGUUUCAUGGGAUCAAAGGGUAUGCUGAGUGUCGACUACCAGCUUUCAGACCGAAGCAUAUUCUUACGCCCAUCAAUGAUCAAGUUCGAUGCUCCCGACUCGCUCAAUGUCGAGAUCGCGCGGGCAUUUGACAAGCCGGGAAAGUACUAUCUGAACCGCCCCUUGAUCAUGCUCUUGGAAGGGCUUGGUGUACCUUACGAGGUAUUCGAGGCCUUGCAAGAUGACGCCGUCCAGGACGCAGAAGGGGCAGUUCAUUCGUUGGAGAGCUCCGCGCGGCUGCUCGAGGCAUAUGGUCUCGGCGCAUCGUUUCGACUGCCAUCGACUAUGGUCAAUAUGCAUAGGCUUGGGCUUAGACCUCUUUCCGAGGACAUCUUUUGGCAGCAAAUGAUGGACUUUGCUGUCAACCAUGUCCUGAGAGAGCUCAAGCACCACGCUCGCAUUCCCCUUCCCGAUGGGUGGACCCUGGUCGGUGUGGCUGAUGUCCAUGGCUAUCUAGAGGAGGGCGAGAUUUUUGCCUGCGUCGACUCACCUGAUCUACUCGAGCCGAUUUACCUGGAAGGACCUACUGUGAUCUCACGCUCGCCAACUAUUCACCCGGGUGAUGUCCAGCUUGUACACGCGAUCGGAAGGCCUCCUCCCGGUUCACCCUUCGAGCACGAGUCUCUCAGGAAUGGUGUUGUUUUCUCCAUCAAAGGUGAACGGCCAUUGCCAUCCUGCCUCGGUGGUGGAGAUCUCGAUGGCGACGUCUACAACGUCACGACAAUGCCAUCUCUCCGUCCUGCAAGGACAUAUCAGUCAGGCAGCUAUGAACCCGCAGUCAAAAAGACAGUAGACCACCCGAGCACGAUGGAGGAUGUCGCUGACUUCGUCGCUGAAUAUAUCAGCAGUGAUACAUUGGGCAUCAUCGCCAUUAAUUGGCUCAUCAUUGCGGAUCAGAGCUCAGAAGGUAUCCUAGACCCGCAUUGUCUCAGGCUGGCCCAGCUUCACAGUGAUGCUGUUGACUACCCCAAGAGCGGGAACCCAGUACCGCUGGAAAGGAUCCCGAGGCUGAAGUUCAAAGCCAAACCCGACUGGAAUGCCCCUGAGACACUGACAAGAGCAACGCCUGAUUUCUACGAGAGUACCAGGGCUAUAGGUCGUCUGUAUCGCAGAAUCGAAUUACCUGCACUGAGAACAGUUACUCGAGCGUCUAGAUUCCAACGGCGCAACCUGGAAGAUGGACACGAGCUUACCCUCGCGGACAUCCUGGACGGCUUCCAGGAAGACAACGUUGACGAGGAUGUCAUAUCCCGCCUAUGGGAGCUCUUCGAGUAUUAUUCCUCCCGGCUUCGUACCAUAUGCGCGGAUCACACGCUCUCCGACUCUCGUUCUGCCAUGCUGACUGAAGAAGAAGCAGUCAUAGGUACGAUCGUGGCGAAGUGCUCUCAGCCACGGAAACGGAAGGACCUCAUGUCCCAGCUGCGAGAGCAAACCGCGACGCUCGUUGCUAGCGUUCGUGAUGAAAUCGCUGGCGAGGAUGACACCCCCUCUGAGAAGUCGCUUGAGAGGGCUUGGAUCGCGUAUAACAUCGCACUGAUGGAGGAUGAUUAUUUCGGAGCGCGGAGUUUCGCAUGGAUUGCAUUGGGCGAGAUUUUCGACGCGAUAAAGGAUAUCGAGGAGGAGGAUCGCAGGCUACUGAGAUAG